AUGAGCUUUUACAUUUUUAUAAUUUUUUUAACAAUAAAUUAUUCAUAUAAUAUCGGUAAUUCUUUUAAAUUAAAACCUAAAAUCAACAUUACUUUUUUUAACGGAUGUAAAAAAUAUACUUUAAAAAAAACCUCAAAACUUUAUAAUAAUUUAGAAAAAGUAAAUAACGAUUUAAAAAAAGAAGAUAUAAUAAAAAAAUGGAGUGAAAAUUAUCAUUUGAGAAUUGUAUUAAAUUCAUAUUUUUCUGAUCAUCUACAAAAGGCAGUUUUAAAUAUAAAAGAAAAGAUAAGUCAAUAUCCCCAGUUUCAUAUUGCUGGGCCUAUUCCUCAAAAGACAAUAAAAAAGAGAUUUACUUUUUUAAGAUCACCACAUGUUGAUAAAGACAGUAGAGAACAAUUUGAAAUAAAACAAUAUGGUUGUAAAUUAGAUAUUUACUUAAAUUCUUCCAUUACUUUGAAGAAUUCAGAGUUUGUAAAUUUUUUAUCAGUUAAAUUACCAAGAUUCGUUGGUUUUGAAUAUUAUUUUGAAGAAAAUUAUAAAGGAUUAACAAAAAAAGAAAUUAAUGAUCUAAAAAAAAAAAAAUAUGUUAGCAAAUAUUAUACAAAUAUAUUUAAUUCGAAAGAAAAAAAAAAAUAUGUAGAUUUAUUAUUAGAAAAUUCAAAAUAUAUGAAUGUGAAAUUACCAAGAAACUUUUAUGAUUUGUACAAAUAUCCAUUAGAAAUAUUACGUCAUUUUUAUAAAAAAACAAUGGAAAAAAAGAAAUGGUACCAUGAAAAUGAAGAAUUAAUGAAAAAAAUAGAAUCUCUUUCAUAUGAUUAA